AUGAGGUUGGUGAACAACGAGUUCAUCUGUGAAAUCCCACUUCCUGGAUUUCGAUUUCAUCCCACAGAUGAAGAGCUUGUUAGUUUCUAUCUACGAAGGAAGCUUCACAAGAAACCCAUCAACAUCGACCUCAUCAAGCAAAUUGAUAUUUACAAAUACGAUCCUUGGAAUCUUCCAAAGAACAAUGGGAGUGGAGGAGAGAAGGAGGGGUACUUCUUCUACAGAAGAGGGAGGAAGUAUAGGAAUAGUAUAAGGCCUAAUAGAGCGACUGGGUCUGGGUUCUGGAAAGCAACCGGCAUAGACAAACCAGGGUACUCACAAGGUGGAGAAGGCAAUGACUGCAUUGGACUCAAAAAAACAUUAGUCUAUUACCGUGCUAGUACAGGCAAAGGCACCAAAACCUACAAAUUACUUCUGAUUAGGAAAGUUAUAGUAUCAACCAUUUAA